AGACACAUGGAGGAACAGUUUCGCUUCAAAAAUAAUCACAAAAAGGUUAUAAACAGCAUACAAAGCUUUGAUUUAAAGAGCUGGCUGAUCAUAAACAAAUUUGCUUAGACUGUUUUGAUUUAUUAAACCACCACACGAUGGCGCCAUUUGUGUUUUACAAUUGAUUUUUAUUGUUUUUUUUUUUUUUCGCGAAAAACUAGAAAGCUUAAAAAUAAAAGAGAAAACAAAGUUUUGUUUCGUAAGUUUGUGGAUUUUCUGUGUUGUUGUUCGGUGUUAAACCGCAGGGAGGCGCUGUUUUCAGGAGUCUACCUGUGCAAACCGUCCAUUAAGAUCAAGUUACAGGUUGUUAGACUAAAAGUAAAGAGACCCAUCCUCCUCUGCGCCACAGGUCUUUUCACCAAUACCUGGAAUAUUUCUUCUGGAACAGAGUAUAGGCUACACGUGUUUGGACCCGCCCCGCGUGGGGUAAAGCUGCCCGUCUUCCCCAACAAAAGAAAAAAAGAAAAACUCAGAUCACUGCGAGUUGUUUCCAAGAAACUCCCGGCAAAUGUCUUGUUUUAAAUGGUCUCCAAAGAGGACUACGUCCGAGGAGAUCGUCUACCAGGAGAACAUGAAGAGGGUGGCGCAGGAGAGCGGAAAGCGCCUCGGUUUGGAUGGAGACCCAGAUUUGCAGUUCCUGCUGGUGGGCGGAGAGCUGAUCAAGGUCCGAUCGGACUCCUGGCAGAAGAACCGCUUCUACAAGCUGCAGGAAGACUGCCGGACCUUGUAUCACGAGUCUAACAAAAUGCACAAAAAAAAGCAGACCUACUCCAUCGAUGACAUCGACUCAAUACGUAAAGGCCGUCAGUCGGAAGGGCUCAAGAAGUACACGGAUCCCAGCGUUGAGGACAAGUGCUUCUCCAUCAUCUUCAAGGGCAGCAAGAGGAACCUGGACUUAAUGGCUUCUUCUCCAGAGGAGGCCAACCGAUGGAUCAACAGCCUGGAGAAGAUCAUCAGCACCAUCCACAACCUGGACUUCCAACAGAAGAGCGAAGACUGGAUUAUCAGCUGCAUGAGGAAAGUGGACAAGAACCACGACAACAAGAUGAGCCUGAAGGAAGUGAAGGACUUCAUGAGACAAAUCAAUGUUGAGGUGGACGACUACUACGCAGAAGACCUUUUUAACAAAUGUGACACGUCGAAAUCGGGGACCCUGGAAGGCUCAGAGAUCAAACAGUUCUACAAUUUGCUGACAGAACGGGAAGAAAUAAAAGUAAUUUAUGAGAAAUUUGCUCAAACGGAGGGCCAGAUGAGCGCCAGAGACCUACUGAACUUCCUGCUGAAUGAGCAACGGGAGCAGGUGACCAUGGAGCACGCUCAGAGGCUGAUUGAGAAUUACGAGGUGGACACAGCAGCAAAACAGAAGAAGCGCAUGACCAAAGAUGGCUUCUUGAGGUACCUCCAGCAGGAUGAGGCGUCGAUCUUCAACCCAGCUCACAAAAAAGUCUACCAGGACAUGAGCCAACCCCUCAACCAUUACUUCAUCUCGUCGUCUCACAACACCUACCUGAUGGAAGACCAGCUGAAAGGGCCCAGCAGCACAGAGGCCUACAUAAAAGCACUAAUGAAGAGCUGCCGCUGUGUGGAGCUCGACUGUUGGGAUGGACCCGACGGGGAGCCGGUUAUCUAUCACGGCUACACGCUCACCUCCAAAGUGCUCUUCAAAGACGUCAUCAAAGCCAUUAAGGAUUUCGCCUUCAAAAAAUCCCAGUAUCCUGUGGUGUUAUCCUUGGAGAACCACUGCACAGUGGAGCAACAGAAGGUCAUGACCCGUCACUUGACUUCCAUCCUGGGGGACGCUCUGGUCACGAAGCCUCUGGGCGACACCAUGCCCACCAACUUCCCCUCACCUAAGGAACUCAAGGGGAGGUUUAUCGUUAAGGGGAAACGACUGAACAAACUGGAUGCCUUCUACUCCAAAAACAACACCGUACUGGAGGAGUCCGUGUCUGAGGAGGACGAAGCCGCAGAAUGCAAGGAGAAUGGUCAGAAGGCAAAGGCAAAGAAAGCGAACAUCAAACUGGCCAAAGAGCUCUCCGACAUCGUGGUGUACUGCAAGAGCGUCCACUUUAACGGCUUUGAAGACGCCAGAGACAAGAAGGCCUUCUAUGAAAUGUCCUCCUUUGAAGAGAGUAAAGCCCUGUACCUGGCUGAGACCUCAGCCUCAGCCUUCAUCCAUCACAACAUGGACAAACUCAGUAGGAUCUAUCCGGCCGGCUCCAGGGUGCACUCCUCCAACUACAACCCGGUCCCCUUUUGGAAUGUGGGUUGCCAGAUCGUGGCGCUGAACUUCCAGACUCCUUGCAAGGAGAUGCACCUCAACCAGGGCAGGUUCUUGCCCAACGGAUUUUGCGGCUACAUCUUGAAACCCGAAUUCCUGAGGAACCCGUCGUCUCAGUUCAAUCCCAACGACAAGAAGACCUUCAAAAAUAAGAAGACCUUUCAUGUCAUGGUGAUUUCAGCUCAGCAGUUACCCAAAAUCAAUCAAGAUAAAGCCAAGUCCAUCGUUGACCCUCUGGUGAAAGUUGAGAUCUACGGAGUCCCGGCAGACAACGCCAGCAAGGAAACCAAGUACAUUACAAACAACGGCUUCAACCCCAUGUGGAACGAGAGGUUCGAGUUUACUAUCCACGCUCUAGAGCUGGCCAUGGUGCGGUUUGUAGUGAUGGACUACGACACGACAUCCCAGAAUGAUCUGGUGGGGCAGUACUGUUUGCCCCUCACAAGCAUACAGAACGGAUAUCGCCACGUCCCGCUGCUCACCAAGAGGAAUGAUGUCAUCUCCUCGGCCGGACUGUUUGUGCAUCUCAUGCUCAUGGAUGCUUAGUCGUCUCAUUUGUGGAAAAUCUGUUUUUAGGAUCCUGAUUUUUGCAAACGAUUAUAAAUCGAUGUCAUCUUUUAAAGCGAGAAACCUCUUUGAGGAGGAACCCGUUUGUUCACCAGUUUAGUGUUGCUAAGAGCGUCUGCCACGUUAAAGUCCCACUCCAAUCAUCUUUUGAUCUUUUGCUAAAGCACUCUCAGUGGCUCCUUUAAUUAUAAUUAUGCCCCUUUCAGACUAAAUUAAAUUUGUGGAUAAAUAAGUAAGUAGAUAGCUAAUGUAAUGUAACUUAACUUUACAUUACCGGUGCAACAAAGAUGCUAGCUAGCUAGCAUCUUUGUUGCCUAACUGCAUUUUUUCGUCUGCUCCUGAUUCACAACAAUUUGAAUCAAGAAAUUCAAUUUUAAGCUUAAUUUUCUUCAUAUAAUAAUAAAAAAAAUGCCACAAGAACAUGUUAAAAACAGCAAAGUGGGACUUCAAAAAUGUUUUUUUUUAGCUUCAGCUAAUAAACUGGAACAACAGUGAAAACUAAUGUGAGAGGAAAAGACAUUUUUAAGUUUAUUUAAUAUUUUCUGACCCUUUGAUGUUGAUGUACUGUAAACCAUUAUCUAACAUGAAAGUAUUAAGUUAGUUUUUUAUAGAACAAACCUUGAUUUAUGUUUUCUCAGCAUCAUGCCAUAUCGAUGUCGGCCACAGGAGACAGUAGCUGAUUGUUUCGAUUGAUUCAAGAGUUUUUGUUUGUACUGUUUGCAAUGCAUUAUCCUGCAGUUUUAGCUGCUUUUUAACAGACUAAAAUUCAUUCAUUGAUUCAUGUUGACAUGAGGAGCAAACAAUAGAUCCAAGUUAAAGGGAAACGCUCGUGUUUACUGGCUGUUUGACCACACCUUUGUGUACGUCUUUGUGUUGACAGCUUGCAGCUGCAUUUGCACUAGUUCUCAAAUAAAGCAGCCAUUCAUUCAAAACA